AUGUCUGGAACAUCCCAGGCAUCAGCUGCACCAUCCGGGUCGGGGUUGGCGAAGCCGAACGCGGUCGAAGUGCAACGCGCUGUUGCAUCCCAAGCAUUGGUGGGCUCGUCAAGCGCGUCCGAUCGAACAGCCAGAGCGCAAUCUCUAGCAGCUAUGGACUCCACAUCCGACCGGUCGAGUGGUCAAAUCAGGAAAGGGCCUUUUGCACCAGUUCCGCCCGGCUCUAUCGGAUCGGUAGCAAUGACCACAAAGUCGACUUCGUCCCCCGGAAGCGCUUCGCCGAGCAGCUCUGCCACGAUGCCUUCUGUACUCGCACCUGGGCCCAUCACCGGCGCUUCUUGGCCAUUUCCUCAGAUGCGCUCACGUGCUACCGAACAAGAAGGCUGGACAUCAAAUGGAGCGCCGCCAAUGAUCCCGCGAGCGCCAGCAAGGAAGAGCGCCAUGGACGAUUUUCUGCGCUCCUAUCCUCGUCCUCCUCCCCGUCGAAGUCCGGAUUACGUCGCACGAAGAGCGGCCCCAAAUACGUCCAUGUCCCCUUCGGGACUCGCUGCAAGCGCGUCAGAAUCUGCUCCUGCGCGCCCUACGCGCCCUGCGUGGGACACUCAACUUGACAUACCUGCAGUCGAGGGCUUUGAGACAGAGAUUUUGCCUCCGCCACCAAUUUUGCCGAACGACCCGGCAUACCCGCCCUUGGCACCAGAUGCACCCCCAGAACCGCAUGUGCCAGUGGGCAAGAAAAAGGGUCAGAAUUCGGGCGCGACCUCGUUGACACCUACUUCAUUUACUCCUCAUUCCGGCGCGAAUGGUUCGCGCCAGAUGAUUCUGAGUGUAGACGAACAAGGCCGAGUCAGAAAAGGUCCGGCCAUUCCGGACGGCUUGAGAGCAAUAGUCGACGGAACGUUCUAUUCACUUCAGAAACCGCUUUCGAAGCCCCAUAAGCGCUUGCCGUUCGUAUCGCUACCGAUGGAAAAGCGAGCCUCGAUGGGAAGCUAGACAUGCGCUGACUCUGCCGAUCUUCCUCCCCUUCCAACCAGCAUACACAGAGAAGGGCGGCCUCAUCGGGUCAAGCCACUGCCAGCGCAACCAAACACAAGGACGAAUGGGACGCCAACAGAAUCUGGACAAGGCAAUGACGCGGUCAAGAUCAAGUCGGAGCCCAACGCUUCCCCUGCGGUGCCCUUGAUUCCGCUCCCCGAGCACGAGCACAGUAACGACAAGGCCUCGACCACCUCGCCCGCUCCUCGAUUAGCUCGAAGCGUGUCUGAGCUCACUGCCAGCGAUGUAGGCGGUCCAGCAGAUGGGGCUUCGGUUGCGUCUGAGGAUACGGUGGCGUUGGAGGAGGAUGUGGAGACCAAAGGGAUCGAUGAAAAGGCAAAUCUCGUCAUGCGUUCGCUAGACAGCGGUAUAGAUGUGGCGUCCGCAAAGGGGGACAAUCGCAAAAAACGCAAGCCAAUGAGGAAGGAUAGAGAGUCGGCGGCCUCCUCUGAUCUCACAGAGUCGUCGCCGGCGCCCGUCGGUGAUAUUAUCAUCGCGAACAGCCCUCACGGAAGACCUGCUCGAGCUGCUGGCUUGGCGGGAGCAGCAGCCAGCACAGCUUUCAUGAAUUCGCGCAGAAGGGGUUUCAAGCAGCCAGAACCUUUGGCCACCACUUCGACGCGCCCGUCUGAAACGCUUUUGCCACGCGAAGCGGGCGCUAUACAACCCUCAAUUUCGGGAAGCGCUGCUCCACGAGGCUCUGCUUCGUCGAUUUUGAGCGGCUCGGCAUCAGGUCCUGUCAGCCCAAAGGGUGCAAAGGGCGCUUCAAGCACCAUCUUGGUUCACCCACGCGGAGUCGAUAGCGCAGAUCAUCAAGAGGUAAGUCCUGGCACCGCUACCCAUCUGAUUUGUUUUAGAGCGCUUUCGAACCGUUUCACAUCCUCUGAUCACUCUUCCAGCCGAACAACGAGCAUUGUGAAACUUGUGCUGGAUCUGGUCAUCUACUCUGUUGCGAGGGAUGCAGUGAGUUCGAGCGAGAAACGCUUGACUCGAAUUAGUCGACGACUGAGAGCUCACUCGGUACUGUCCUCAUUCUCUCUCUCUUUGCAAGCCCGCUCCUUUCACUUCGCUUGCUUGAAUCCUCCUUUGGACAUUGACGAAAAGCCUGCAACUUCGACCCCCAAUGGCGUUGCGACAAACGCGAGCACAGACGAAGCGUGGUAUUGCAACGUUUGCAGAGCUCUCAGGGUGAGGCACGCGAAUUGGCUGCUGGAGGUGCCGGCUCGCGGAGCUUUCAGGUGGCGAAGGGUCUUGCUGGCACAGCAAGCUGAGGCGCACAUCUUUGGCUGUGCUCGUGCGGCAGGACGUGAAGACGCGCGCGUGUUGUUGACCACGGCCGAUGCGCGAGCGGGCACUCGGGGAGCCAGCGGCGCGGCGCGACGCGUGGCGCAAUUUGCUGCUGAGUCUCGGCUGCGAGAGGCGCGCUUGGCAAUUGGUGACCACCAGCAGGCGGCAGCGGCAGGGACACUUUGAGUCUUCAAGCAAGGCUCGAGCUCAAUCUGAGCACCGGGGGCGGGUGGCUGGUGCGCUGCUCAUCUCAUUCAGCCUCUGAUCGAGCCUCCCACGACAGCAUUCCUCGUCAGUUCUCAUUGCUGACACUGGCCGCAUUUGUCAUUCUGCAGAGAGGAAAACAAAGGAAAGCGAAAGGCUUGUUUGGCUCGCUGCUGCAGAAACUUGACAGCGAGAAUCCGAGCGACUUUGUGCUACCUGCUGACAUUCGCGGUCAUUUCAAAGGCGGUGGGUAGAUAUCCGACAAGUCUUGGACGAAGGACGCGAUGCUGACAUAGUUCAUACACUUGCAUCCUGCAGUGACCGCGCACCCUGACGGCUCAUAUCUCAAUGCUGCACUCGUGCGGCCUUUGAGAAUCACGUGAGUCGUUUUGACGCGGGAUGGAUUUUGCCGAUCCGAACUCGUGCUCACUACUCUCUUGACGCCGCGGAGCAGCAAGGCGGGCAUUAUCGAUGAGAGGGACCCUUACAAGCUCAAAGACAAGCAGGGUGCUUUGGUACUCUGCUAUCACUGCAAAGGGUCUGCGAUGCCGGAAGAUCGAGAUGCGCUUCUGCAUGCUCAUAUUGAUGCAAGAGAGAGCGCCAAGACCGCAUCGCCGCAGCGUCUGAAACGGCGUGCUGGAUCGUCACACCAUCUAGUUGAAGCACCAUCGCACAGCGCAAAGGCUCCCCGGGUCGCAUCGGAAGCUAAAGCCGAAGCGCUCAGAGCAGUUCCAUUCGAGGUCGUCGCUGCCCUGGCAAACAAUCAAGGGAAGGGGGACGCCGAGGGCUGGCGUAGAAUCGUAUCCUGCGAUUUUUGCCCCUUGCAUUGGCAUCUUGAUUGCGUUGAUCCACCAUUGAUCAGCAUGCCUCAUGAGACCCGCAAAUGGAUGUGUCCGAACCAUGUCGACCAAGCGACGGUAAGUACGACGGGGGGCGAAGACUCCUCGAGGCUUUGCGUUGAUUUUUCCUUUGCACCACAAGCCACCGCCUCGAGUGCCAAAAAACACCGCGGCACAGCAACAGGUCGUCGAUCUGCCCGUGCCAUCUGCAGCUAGCAUCGGUCCUGGCAGGCAUUACCGAACACGUGUCCGCAACAGCGGCCUCAUAGACAUCAUUCCGGAUCCCUUGGACGACAUUUUCGAUCCAUCGAGUGGCAAAAGACGUAGCAGCAACGCGUGGAUGCUGGAUGAUGUCGACGUCGAUGAAGAUGAUGAAGUGGACAAGUUGGGACACAAGGUCAAGCUGCGCAUACCUGAGCGCGUCAUCUUGUUGGACUUUUGGCAGCGGGCCCGGCACGAUCGCGCUCUAUUGCAAGGGACUCGGGACAAGCAUACGUGAGUUUGCGUUUUACUUCAUGACUCCCUUGAGAUAGGACGUCAGCUCAGUUGGGUAUUUUCAGUGUACUUGCCGAUUCAGGGCUGCAAAUGCUGGCUGAGAUAGCCAAGCAGGAGCUACCACCGCCUGCUUUGAAGUAUCAAUCUGCCAUUGAGGUACGUGUUGAGGGUGCUGCCGACUUGUGGUGUAUUCCCUAGCUUAGCCUAAGAUCUUCCUCCAGGCUUUGAGCUCUCCCGUGCCACGCACUGAUGCGCAAGAGUCGAGCGUCCGCUCCACCCCUCAAGCCGUGCCGGCGCCAUUUUGCAAGGAAAUGGCUCAAGCCGUCAUGACACUACAGCGCAAUCGUAAUUCUCGCGGGGAGCACGAACGUUCCGAAAGCCCUCUCACCGAUAUUGACGAUGGGGCCGCUGUCAAGCAGUCGGCGCCGCUCGUCCGAGAUUCCAACUCUGCUGUAGACCGCUUGACAAACGGCGAAUCCAGCAAGGUCGAGUGGACAGCUGGGCGAGGCUUGCGCAUCAACGGAUUAGGCGCAGUGAUGGGAGAUGGCCUUGAAGAGAUGCUGGAAGCUGCGGGCUUUGGCGAAAGAUCAUCUGCUAAAUCAUCGGACGUCCCACCAUCCACACCGCAGCGCUCGACGCCCAGGCGAGCUGCCGGGGCCGCAGCGGCAGCGGCGCUCAUAACGACACCGAGUCAUGAUCGCCACGUACCGCACAAGCGCAAGCUCAUCAACGGUGACUUGAGUGGAGACUCAGUCGCGAGCACGCCGCAGCGAGGCCUUGCGAAGAGGUCCAAGAGGAAUCACGAUGGUGCGGCUGCGCCUCUGGACGGCUUUGCGCAUCAAGAGGUACAGGUGUCUCCGCCUCUGGGAAAAGAUCAGCAGGUCCAGACGCUAAUUUCUCGAGGCACUGAUCAACAAGUGCAAGCCUCGCCGGUAGGAGCAGCUGCUUUGGACGCAAAAGUCUCGCCAGAAGAGAUUCAUUCCUUGCUAGCGGUUCGAGAGCUUAUGCGCCACAAGGGAAAAGAAGAGAUUCUCAGAUUCUUGCGUAGCUGA